UCCGCCUACAAGUAUGGCUGUUCUGUAGUUGUAAUAUCUGUUUUUGUUGCGUAAAUAAUCCUAACUUUUUCCAUUAUAAGCAGCUUUUCCCUUAGGACUUUAAUUUACCUGACCUAAAACGACAUUGCAGUCCAGCUGUUAAUCAUUUGCGUGUGUCCACGCCCUGCGUGUGUGUUAACAUGACCAAAACCAAGCGUGGAAGUUAAACUGCAGCUUGGAAAGAUCACCAUGCCAUCCGCCUGCGACUCUCUGAUUGAAGACAUUGAGGAUAUGGUGUCUUUUAAUGACCCCACUCCUCAUGACAGACAGUCUGCAAGAAAGAGUAUUCUGCCAAGGUCAAGAAGGAAGAAAGAGCUUUUAAGCAAUGAAGAGCUUCAAGUGGACAGUUUGAUCCCUGGCACCCAAAAGAUCUGGAUGAAAACGUGGGGAUGCAGUCAUAACAACUCAGAUGGGGAGUACAUGGCUGGACAGCUCGCUGCCAGCGGAUACAAGAUAACAGAGGACCCAGCAGAAGCAGACUUGUGGUUGCUGAACAGCUGCACAGUGAAAAAUCCUGCAGAGGACCACUUCAGAAAUUCAAUCAAUGUUGGAAAUUCUACUCAAGUCAUUCCUGAAGAACAUCAACCUUAACAUGAAAGUCAAAAGGACAUCAACUUUCUUUCAUUCAUCCAUUUAUUUUAUUUGCUGAAGAGAGACAUUGUGCAUUAGUGAAUAUUUCGAACAACACAAAUUUAAGACCCCCAAUUACACCUAAGGCUGUCAGACAGCAUGUACUAAAUAAAGUAAAAUAACAUUUUGUACUGCUAUCUGCAUGGAGUCGCUCUGUAACUGCUCUGUGAACUGAUAUUUCAGAAUAGUUUUCUACAAUUUGCUCUUUGAGUGAAACAGUGGUUUUAUUAUUCCCAUGGUGUGGUUGAUAUUACUGUUUUUAAAUUGUUAUAAAAUAAUUUUACUUUAAAAACUUGUCAAAGUUUUAAAGUUUUAUACACAAUAUCUCAGAGGCACAGUAGAGAAGGGAUAUUAUAACCAACAGAUAACACUACUUGUUGAAGUUUAAAACUGUACAAUGAAAUCUUUUUGCAGAUGUUGGUGUUUUCAUUACAUUUUUGGCUAAUGCUAAUUUGUCAUCUUGUUUCUCACCUCUCUGAUUUCUUUGACUAUCGGCAUUGUACUCAAAUACCUGCUUAUUUACAAAAUGAUGAGAAAAGGUGCAUAGCCCAAAGCAGUUUUACAUAUUUUAUUUACAAUUGGAGCCGCGUGAAUAUUGUGCUUCGACAUUUAUAAUAAUAAAUAAAUCAAAAAAGACAAACUUUCUGUUUGAGGCAUCAUAUGUUCACAUGUCAACAUAAUUUUGAUAAUUGCAUUUAUGCUGUUGGCUUAACUUUUAGUAACUUUACCAAAACCAGUGAUGAUAAUGAAAAGAAUGAUAAGUUUGCUCAAAAU